GAGGAGAAUCUACAGGCGCGUAGGGAGAGACUACGCGAUCUCGUAUCGAGCGAGGAGGCGAAUCUAACGAGGGAGAUCGUGGAGGUAGCGCGGCGGGACGAGUGCGCCCGGUUCGAAGAGAUGCUCGCGAGAACAGAGGAGUUGAGAAAACGCCACGACAAGGAACACGAAGCGACGGUAGCUGCCAAACAGAUGCAACGGUAUCUAGCCUCGUGUCCGGAUAUUAAGCAAGAAUUGUCGAGAAGAUCCGCGAUUGACGCGAAGCGAAGUAACGCGGCGCAGAUGGCGGACAACCAAGCGAGGGGAUUAGCGGAGAAGGAACUGGACGCUGUCUGGCACGAGAUAAUGCUGAGGGAGGCCGUGGCGAAGAGGCACAAAGAGACAGAGGAGUCGGAGAGACGAGCCUUAGCCCAGCAAGAAACGGUGUCCACUUUAGCCAGGCAAGUGGCGGACAAGUUGGCGCUGGAAGACGAGAAGAAGCGAGUCGAGAGAGACGAGCAGGAGCAUCUGGAGCGGCUGUGCGAGGAUACGCGUCGAGCGGAGUUGAGGAAUCUCGAGAUGAAAAGGCAAAAGCGGGAAAAGUUGAAGAAGGAACUCGAGGAGCAGAUCCUAACGACGAGCAAGUUCCUCGCCGAACGUGCCCGCGAGGAAGCCAUGGUGGAUCGCGCAUUCAUAGCGCUGGCCGAGGAGGAACAGGCUAUGGAGAAGACUCGUGCGAAACAGGACACCGCGGCCAUUCGCGUGGAAUUAAACUCCUAUCUGAAGUAUCUGAAAGACUUGAAGCAGGAGGAGGUCAAACGGAACCUCGAGAUGGAAGCCAUAAUUCGGCAGUCGCACGAGGCCACUGAGGCAAGACGCGAGCUCGCGCUGAAGAAAUUCAAGGAAACUCGCCGGCGCGCCGCGCAGGAAGUCCUUCGCGGCCGGGAGGAACAGCUGAUGACGCGGCAGGAGGCGGAGGAGCGGGCACGACGGAUGAAGAUGGAGGAGCGGGAGGCGCUCGAGAGACAGAUCGAGAUGGACGCCGACUUGACUGCGACGGAGCAGAAGGAGAGCAGACAAAAGGCGCUUCGUUACGGGCUGGAGCUCAAGGAGCAGCAGAGGUGCGCCGAAGAGACGAGACGCCACGAAUUGGAGGAGGAACAGCGGCAACACCAGUCCGAGAUGAAGAGGCAGGCGGAGGAAUAUCAGAGGCUCGCGGACGAGCUGUUGAACGCUUCCGAGAGCAUUACGCCGCAUCCGUUUAAAGCCCUACUAAAGGAGUGCUCUGAAGGAGUCCCCCUCCUGAAGGAGAAGGAAGGACGUUUCUGUCCUCCAACUUUAACUUCCGCCUUGUCAGUACGCGGGAAUCAUGUAAAGAGCCAGGUAGACCACUGUAUAAUCAAUCAGCGUGCUACCGCUAAAUUUGUGACGAUAGAAACCUGAGAAACGUUGAUAGAAAUUUAGGACAUCGAGAUCUUGACUUUAAGAAAAAUAUAAAAAUUACGAACGUGUAAAUGGUUAUAUAAUUUAUGUUCAUAUUAUUAAAAUAUUAAAGUGAUGUAACUUCUAAAAUUAUGGAUAAUAUGGCAUGAUAUUUUCAUUCCUUUUUCACUGCAGUUUCUUUUUACAGCCGUAUAAAGUAAUUAUAUCUUUUUAAUGAGAACACGUACAUUAAUUAGUUUCUUCUUUAUGUAAUUAAAUGGUGUAUAUUUCAUAGCAUGGUGUAAAUUUAAGCAUUCACAAGUAAAACUUAAUUGAUUGGUAAUCGUUAAUUAAUCGUUCAUUCGCCAGUGCAUUUAUCUAGACUU